AUGUCCAUCGACCCGGCAGGCGAGCUGCCUUUCUACUACGGCAGCAUCAGCCGCUCAGAUGCCGAGCAGCACCUAAAGCUGGCCGGGAUGGCCGACGGGAUCUUCUUGCUGCGGCAGUGUCUCCGCAGUCUGGGCGGCUACGUCCUGUCUCUUGUGUGGAACCUGGAGUUUCAUCAUUACCCCGUGGAUAAGCAGCUCAACGGGACCUACUGCCUCACAGGAGGGAAGCCUCACUGUGGGCCCGCAGAGCUCUGUGAGUUUUACAGCAAAGACCCCGACGGGCUGGUGUGCACCCUGAGGAAACCCUGUCUGCGCCCCCCGGAUACGGCGAUACGUGCCGGCGUGUUCGACAGCCUGAGAGAGAACAUGCUGAGGGAGUACGUGAAGCAGACCUGGAACCUGGAGGGAGAAGCCAUGGAGCAGGCCAUCAUCAGUCAAGCUCCUCAGCUGGAGAAGCUGAUCGCCACCACGGCCCACGAGAAGAUGCCCUGGUAUCACGGUAAAAUCACACGGCAGGAAGGCGAACGGCGGCUUUACUCUGGAGCACAACCGGACGGCAAGUUUCUAGUGAGAGACAGAGAGGAGUCGGGUUCCUUUGCUCUCUCCAUGGUGUACGGGAAAACAGUGUACCACUACCAGGUCCUCCAGGACAAAUCAGGGAAAUACUUCAUGCCAGAGGGAACAAAGUUUGACACAAUCUGGCAGCUGGUUGAAUACCUGAAGAUGAAAGCUGACGGCCUGGUGACUAUUCUUGGGGAGUCGUGUGUUAACGGAAAAGCUGCUGGAAAGACUCCAGAUCUUCCUGUAGCAAGGCGACAAGGCGCAAAUGGAUACACACCGCCACCUCGAGCGGUUGCACCCACCUCAAAGCCGGCCACCACUGUGCCUGCAGACCGAGAGGUUCUGCCGAUGGACUGCAAUGGGUUCAACCCGUAUCACAACCCCAAUGAAGUGAGGAGGUUCAACAUCCAGAGGAGUCAGCUGCUGAUCGACGAGGUGGAGCUCGGCUCCGGGAACUUUGGCUGCGUGAAGAAGGGAGUCCUCAAGACUGAUUCGGGCCAGAUCGAUGUGGCCAUCAAAGUGCUGAAGAGUGAUAACGAGAAGCUGGUGAGGGAGGAGAUGAUGAGGGAGGCAGAGAUCAUGCACCAGCUGAGUAACCCCUUCAUCGUACGCAUGCUGGGUCUGUGUAACGCUGAGAACCUGAUGCUGGUUAUGGAGAUGGCCUCCGCAGGGCCUCUCAACAAGUUCCUCUCCAGCAAUAAGGAUACAGUAACUAUGGAGAACAUUGUGGACCUGAUGCACCAGGUGUCGAUGGGGAUGAAGUAUCUGGAGGAGAAGAACUUUGUGCACAGAGACUUAGCAGCUCGUAACGUCCUGCUGGUCAAAGCACAGUUCGCCAAAAUCAGUGACUUUGGGCUCUCCAAGGCCCUCGGAGCAGAAGACAACUAUUACAAGGCUCGUACUGCAGGUAAAUGGCCUCUGAAGUGGUACGCUCCCGAAUGUAUAAACUUCCACAAGUUCUCCAGUAAAAGUGACGUGUGGAGUUUUGGCGUCACCAUGUGGGAGGCCUUUUCCUACGGAGGGAAACCUUACAAGAAAAUGAAAGGACCGGACGUGAUGCGCUUCAUUGAUAGUGGGAGCCGCAUGGAUUGUCCAACAGUAUGUCCAGAGCGAAUGUAUGCAGUGAUGAAAGAAUGCUGGACCUACAAGCACGAGGAGCGUCCUGACUUCAAGAAGGUUGAGGAGUCCAUGAGGGCUUACCAUUACUCCAUAUCGAACAAGGCCAAGACUGAGGGAGCUGCAGCCGCUGCCGCCGCCGCCGCCGCCGAGCCUAUCAAGUAGACAGAAACAAGGCACAUUCUGUCCCAGUGCUGCACAAAGCAGCCUUUCAACUGGUCGUUAAACAGCCAAAACAAAGAGCUUUUUAUGAACGGUGCACACUGACAAGCUUCCACCACAGUCCUCCUGAUACAGCUAAACAGGCCUCAGUGACAAUAAAUGUGCAUUUGUAGAUUGGACUUCAGUGUGUCGGCCAUGUGAGGAGGAUCUCUGUCUGUCUUUCGUGGUUUGAAUGUUAAAUGUUGACGUCUUUGCAUUGAUGAACAAACUAAUUUUAUAUUCUGGUAUUUUGGAGUAUAAUGGGAGUAUUAAUGAUAUAUGUACAAGUUCUUUUUUCACUGUAUCUUUUUUAUGCCAAAUAAACUUUAAUAUUAUUCUUUUAACAUUC